GCUACCAGCUGGCCGGUGCGCACCACACAUCUCUGAAUCCACACGCAGACACUCGCAGCGCAGCCAUGAGUGAGAGACAAGUAUCUGGAGCGACGACCGGAAACAGCAAACCAUCUGCUGGCCAAGAUGACAAGAAGAACAACCUCCCCCAGGACUUUGACAUCGACAUGGAGAACCCGGAGACUGAGAAGGCCGCCGUGGCCAUCCAGUCGCAGUUCAGGAAAUUCCAGAAAAAGAAGCAGGGUGUGAAGUCUUAG